AUGACACUUGUAAAAUUUCCAACGAAAACUUACAAAAGAAAUCGAACUUUCCUGCAAAGCCAUCCAAAAACGAAAAGCUCGCAUGAUCAAGAAAUUAAAGAUAACUUUAAUGUUCCUGAUAUCAUUGAUUAUAAUUUAAAUGGCCUUUUUUCUGGAAAGAAGAGUAUCAAGGAAAAACAUCAUUAUUCUUCAUCAAAUAAUUAUUUUUAUUAUGCGUUAUAUGAAAGUGGUAUUACAAACGGAGAUAAGUUAACUUAUCAGGAUGAUCGACGUCUCGCGCGAGAUUAUAAGAUUGGAAUCGUUACUCUGGUUUCGAGACCCGAAAAUCGUUCAAAGACAAAAUUGUCAGUUGAAGAGAUUAAGCAAGGAUUUCCAUCCCUACUUGAGAAGGUCGAAAAGUAUCGACCAAAAGUUCUUUGCUUUAAUGGAAAAGCAAUUUUUCAGGCCUUUACAACUUUUCAAACCGCUCGGAUUCAUUCCUUUCCCUUAAAAAAGAAGUUAAUAACCGAAGGUUGGGGGGAACAACCAAAUCAUUUUAUUCGGUGGGAAGAUCAUACUGGCCAUACAAAGGUUUUCUACGUAAUGUCGACAAGUGGACGCGUUGCCCAAUAUUCUGUCCAAGAUAGAGUAAAAUAUUUUGAAAAGUUGAAAGAGUUGAUAGAUAAUGAUAGUUCUGUGAUCAAAGCAAUUGAAGAUAGCAACGUAACGUAUAUUGGAAGCGAAGAACUAGAUUUCAGAAUAAAGGAGAAAUCCAUUUCUUUGGCAAAUGCUCACGUUAAAAAAGCACUUAACGAGCACAAAUGUUAUGAAUUUAAUGAUAUGGAUAAUACUUCAACUUCUGAUAACAAACGUAAAAAUAAACAGGAAAAGAAUCAAGAUUAUUCUCCACCAAAGUUUUUUAUGGCAAAAAGAUGGUGA